UCCUUAGAGAGGCAACGAGGAAGGAAGGUCCUCCUGCACAAACCUCCACUGCAAUGGUGUUUGCAAGGGUUUAAAUUCCCUUUGCACCAGGAAACCAGCCAGAAGGGACCCAACUGGAGACGGGAGCAAAAAAGGAGCAACUUGAGUCGCUUCUGGAGUGAGAGAAUUGGCCGUCUGCAAGGAUGUUGCCCAGGGGACAUUGCCCGGAUGUUUUGAUGUUCAGAGGCAUGCCUCACAGCCUCUGAAGAUACCUGCCAUAGAUGUGGGCGAAACGUCAGGAGAGAAUACUUCUGGAACAUGGCCACACAGCCUGAAAGACAUACAACAAAUCUUUGAUUGUUGACCAUUCACUGUCAUGCAUUUCUGUUUAUUCUCCAGGCAAACAUUUCGCCUCUAGUUCUAUCCGCAGUCCUUAAGCCUACAGUUUCUUGUAGUGCAACACCUUUCUUGUGAAGGAUGAAAAGAGGGACCCUAAGCCCCGUGGGCCCCACCUCAGAGGAGGAAGCAUCCCCGGGCACAGGAAAGUCUCCUUACGUCCUCCAAGCUGGGAAUAUCCGGGAAUUCUUGAAGAUGAUGCCAGGAGACCAAAUCAAACAGGAGCCCGAGGAGAGCUCCCUUCAGUUGUGGGAAGUUCAGUGGCAGGAGUUCCUGAAGACCGUUGAGACUCCCGACCCAGACUGGAGCACCCCGUUAUUUUCAGAGAAGUCUUCUCCAUGGGAUGACGCCAAAGCCUUCCUGGCUUCUUUUGAGCAAGUGGCCGAGGCCUGUCGGUGGCCCAAGGACGAGUGGGUGACCCGCCUCAUGCCGGCCCUCAGCGGAGACGCCGAGCAGGCUUUUCUCAAGCUGCCCGCCCGUCACAGGGAGGACUACGCGGUGGUGAAGGCGGCUAUCUUGCGAGGGGACACCUUGAGCCGGGAGAAGAUUCGGCAGCACUUCCGGCAGUUCUGCUACCGGGAAUCCGAGGGGCCCCGAGGGGCGUACAUCCGACUCCAGGAGCUUUGCAGCCAGUGGUUGAAAUUCAAGCACCACUCCAAGGAACAGAUUCUGGAGCUGUUGAUCUUGGAGCAGCUGUUGACCAUCUUGCCACCUCAGAUCCAAAACUGGGUUCGGGAACGUGGGCCGGAGACCUGCUCUCAGGCAGUGGCCUUGGCUGAGGAUUUCCUCUCAAAGAAAGAAGGGGUCCAAAGUCCAGAAGAUCAGGGGACCUUCCCAGAGACAGGUGGGAGCUCCUUGGAAGGAGACCUUCCCCCUUCUGUUCCAGAGCAAAGUCAGCUUUGCAUAGAGACUAAGAAAGAGGUAGAUGAUGACGACACUCCCAGGUGUUUUGCGGGGUGGGGAACCAUAAACAAUGGAGAGGAAUGUGCUCCGGAGGGCUCCGAAAUGGGUUGUCCACACCCGGCACCGGUCUGGAAGGAAGAAGACAGCCUUUCUCAGUGUUGUAUACAGGAAAAUGUCUCAGUGAGUCACAAAAAGCCAGAAUAUCCUCAGGAAUCUGAUCCGGUGGAGGAACCAAUGAACUCGGCUCCUUGUGGGGAAAUUUGCCAGAUCAUCAAUGAAACUACAGCUACAGUCCCCAUUGGAAUGGAGUCCAGAAGGAGACGAAAUGCCUGUAGUUCCUAUGGACGAAGCUCCGGCCUCCCUAUGAGAACUCGCACAGGAGGUAAGCCAGUCCGGUGCCCGAUCUGUGGGAAAUACUUCCUUUGUAGCUCAAAGCUUCUCGUCCAUCAAAGAAGCCACGUUGGGGAGAAAGCAUACAAGCGGUUAUACCUGUACGGAGGCCAACACAUGUGCCCCACCGACUUCCAUGCAAGUUGCCCAGGCCAGGCUACCAUGUUCCACAAAAUGGUCCCUCGAAUGCGUGGCCAGAGGUGGGAAGGCAAGGAGGUCGUGGCCUUGCUCAACGGGAUCAAGUCCAGCCCUGCUCUGGCCCUGUUCAUGAGCAGCAGCUCCCAGCGGGGACAACAGCACUGGGAAAAAGUCAAGGACCAGCUCCAGGCUCAAGGAUACACCCGGAACAUAGACCAGCUGAGGUCGAAAUGGAAACAGCUGAAGACGGACUUUUUCGCAGCCGGCCGACCCGCGGCAGAAGGAAAAGAGAGGCCGCCCAUCAUACCGCCUUAUUUCAAUCGGAUGCGGAGCGUGUGGGACGCAGCUGGGAGGCCCCCUUUCAAAGAUCGUCACCUACCAGCCUCUUAUCGAGCCCGAAGGCGUGAGCUAGAGAGACGUGAGGACGAUGACGGUAAUGUGAUGGUGCAAGGCUCUUCCUGCUGACAGUAGGAAAGAUCCAGAAGUAAAGACCAACCAUUGGUGCUGAUGUGUGUAUGGUCUACAUACACCAACCACAGAAAGCUGCAACUGGGGAAGUAUUGUCAGGAGCAUAAUUGGUUAGCAUAAGGACAAUAGAACCACCAUCAUAAUUCAUCACCAGGACAGGUCUUAUCAUUGGACAAGGUGAGGAAGAUACUUCAAGCUACUUCAUCCUGGGGCUGGUCACAGAGCCAAGGUAUGUUGUUGGAGAAGGAGGCAGUGGUGUGCCAAAGAGUGUGCUUAGUGCCUACUAAGAUACACUGUCUUAAAAUGCAGGGAAGGAUACGGUCCUUUCUCCAAUGAUGAAAAUCAGUGGCCAGUCCAGUUGGUUCCUAUAUCUCGAAGGGGCCUCCUUAUCCUUAGACUCAGGCAGUGAAAUAUGUUGUGGUGACUCCAAAAUUAGCAAUACAUGAUACUUUUUUUCAUGCUCAGAGUGUUCCACAUAUUAUACCUUGAAACAUGGGUAGGGGCAUGCUAUUAUAAGCACUUCUAGGGUUUGGAGGCUGGGGAGCAUUUAUCAAAAUUACCCUUUGGUAGGUGGAAAAUAAAGCACUCCUUUUUCUACUUGCAUGGGAUGCACUCCUCCCCCUCUUCUUCAGGCUCAGUGUUUUAAAAGUUCUUAUUAGAAGUUUGCACCAGUUUGUUUCACAGCAUUGUUAGGUAUGUAUAUAUGCAUAUUCAAUUUUUAUCUCAUCUCCCCCUUCCCAAGGAGGGGGCUUAAGACAGGUGAUAAUUAAGAAGAACAAAUACAGUAGAGUCUCACUUAUCCAACAUAAACGGGCCAGCAGAAUGUUGGAUAAGCGAAUAUGUUGGAUAAGGAGGAGGCAUUAAGGAAAUGCCUAUUAAACAUCAAAUUAGGUUAUGAUUUUACAAAUUAAGCACCAAAACAUCAUGUUAGACAACAAAUUUGGCAGAAAAAAGUAGUUCAAUAUGCAGUAAUGCUAUGUAGUAAUUACUGUAUUUAUGAAUUUAGCACCAAAAUAUCACGAUAUAUUGAAAACAUUGACUACAAAAAUGCGUUGGAUAAUCCAGAACGUUGGAUAAGUGAGACUCUACUGUACAAAGAAACCAUUAAAAAUAAAGCAGAACAUUGCAAACGCAUCAAUAAAAGCAAGAUAAGGCACUCACCCCAUUGAAAACCCCUCCCUCCUAUUAUUUAUUUGCAUAGAGUAAUUAAAACACAGUGACUUUUGAUGCUUAUGUUAUAGUAAGUGCUAAAGUUAUGUGUUCUAUAUAUUAAAAAAUAAUAAAUCAAAACAGAUUAUUUAUCAAGUCUUUUGCUUCGACAAUGGAUAUGUUGGUGGUACGGAUUUGGUGGCUUAAGAAAGGUGCAGCAUGAGGAAAACAAACAUGCAAAGGUAUUUGUUUCUCUUUGUCUCUUAGAACAAACUGCUGCUCAUCUCCAUUGCUUGAGGGAUUGGGACCACAGUGUAUAAUAGGAUUUGGACCACGUUAACCAAAGUUGCGGGUUCCUCUGAAUUCUCCCCCAGAAUCCAGAGCAAGCCACAACUUUUGGUCAAUGCAAGCAGUUGGUCUGGUUCUGAGACAGAAUUGGCUGCCACUGUUUACAUGGUUGAUCCAGGGACAUGGGAUGAUGCUCACCGCCCCUUCGUUUUCAUCCUUGCACGUGGCCAGCAGGCAUGACGGGUUGUGUCAGUUCCUUGUUGCAUGGAGGAAAACCAGCCAGAGCAACGAGUCAAUCAGAGAAGGAAGGGAUGAGAGGAAGGGGCUAGUCCUCCGUUGCCCUUGCAACAUCAUCUCAGGCAACUGGCACAACCCAUGCCAUGUCUACUGGCCACUGUUGUGAAAAGAAUGGCACCUGAGAAAGGGGCUGCUUUUGGGAGCUCAGUGUGGGUAUUCUGUGCCCCAACAUGGGAGCAAAAUUCUUGCAGGGUCCAAACCUCGGUGGGCAAGAUUUUGGAAGGCUAAAAGCUCACAAAGCUCUUUGUAAUCCACAAAACCUGUUUUCCAGAAUACCUCUAAUUGCCUUAGGUGAGUUUUGUGGAUAUCAUGAAUGGCUAAAACGACAAAUAAAUGGCCCUGAGAGCAAAUAGAAUUCUCCCCAGAAGACAGAAUGGGGCUAUUGCACUUUAGACAUAUCAUGAGACAAUGUGACUCACUGGAAAAGAUGGUAAUACUUGAAAAAUGGGAGACAGUACAAAAAGAGGAUCCAGUGUGGUAUCACGUCUGAGUGUUGAAUUAUGACUCUAGAGAUCAGAUGGUUGGCCAUGACCUUUGGUAAGUCAUACUUGAGGGAUUGGAACCACAGCGCAUAAUAGGAUUUGGACUGUGGCGCAGGCUGGAAAGCAAGCCAGCUGCAACAAACCACUCUGACCAAGAGGUCAUGAGUUCGAGGCCAGCCCGUGCCUGCGUCUUGUCUCUGUUUCUGUUCUAUGUUAUGGCACUGAAUGUUUGCCUUUAUGUGUGCAAUGUGAUCUGCCCUGAGUCCCCUUCGGGGUGAGAAGGGCGGAAUAUAAAUGCUGUAAAUAAAUAAAUAAAUAAAAUAAUACUCUUUUAGCCUCAGAUGAAGAUAAUGGCAGAAGAUGGGACCCAAGUCCAAACACAGAAUUCCCCUAUGCUUUAUAUAUACCUUAUACACAUAGCCUGAAAGUAAUAUUUGCACAUUUUAAUACUUCUGUGCAUGUGUACACCAAACCAUUAGAAAGCAAAGGUCUUAUUCAUCCAUGUGGACAAUUUUGGAAUUUGGAAUUCCAAAUAAAGGUUGUUCAACCAGUAUCAUCUUGAGUGAUGAAAUUAGUAGUCAUAAUAAUAAUUUUAUUUCUUACCCGCCUCUCCUCAGGGUUCAAGGUGGGUUACACCAGAAUUAAAAUGCAUAAGCAUUAAAAAUGCACAUGUUCUGCCUGCAUGUGCCAAUAACAGAAUGCUACCAAAUGUGUCGUGAAAAAUAUUAAUCCACAAUGCAUUUAUAGUCUCUUCACUAUGAGAACCACCUUGUGGCACAUGAUUCUGGAUAGCUCACCCUAACAUUUUCUGUAAUCAGGCUUCGAUAGCGUUUUGGUCUUGUGAGCACUCAGGUGGAUCACAAAGUAUGCUCUCCAAGCUGAACAUUUUCCCAUUUUACUGGUAUUAUUAUGGUUUGUGUUCUGUGUAAAUCAGUGGCAUAGACACCAAAAAACUGUGGCAUAGACACCGAGAACUGGGAACCCCUGGCCCUUGAGCGCUCUAACGAGGUCAGCUGUGACCAGCAGUGCUGCAGAAUUCGAAGAGGCACGAAUGGAGGGCUUAAGGGAGAAACGUGCCAAGAGGAUGGCGCGUUAAGCCAGCCCUGACUGGGACUGCCUUCCAUCUGGAAACCAAUUGUGAAGAAGUGUAUAAUUAUAUUUUGUUUAUAGAUGACAUGUGUAUUUGAUUUUGUUUGAACAGUCAGGUUUGGCUAAGUUUAAAAUGGUGAGUAUUUGAGUUGAUGAUGUAUGGGGGAAGGUAGCCAUCUUAAGGCAGGUUACCAUAGCAACAGGGGCGGAGCCAACCGCCGCCUGGAAAGGAAAAGGGGGAAUAUUUAAGAACCCAGGCAGUCUGUGAUUUUCUAGUCACAGUGGAGGAUCUGAUUCUUGUGAGAAGAAUCAGGUUGGCUCAAAUAGAAGGAUUUGAGUCAGAUCUAAGUUGGACCAGACUAGGCAAGUUAGGUGACUUGUCUAGGGUCAUUUAUAGAGCCUGUGGAUUAGGGAAAAUUAAUCCCAGGGGAUCCAGGAGGAUCAGGGUUUAGUGUAAUCCAGAGAAAGAAAUAUUUUGAAAGUUUGACCACCUCAUAACCGUUUGUAACCAUUAAGCGAAGUGCCUUUAACAAGUUAUAUGAAACCAUCAAGCUCUGUACCUGCAAUAAACUUGUUUUGAUUUUAUUCUAA